GCAAGACUUGUGCAGAAAAAAGAACUGAUGGGAAAAAAUGCCCCCGUUUGUUUCAAGUGAGAGGGAUUCUCUGCAGAUUUCCACGGUGUUAUUGUUCUCUCCCAAAUCCUACUUUCAAUUUGUUUCCAUAUUUCUCGGCCCCCUUUUCAAUGAUCAAUGACAAUAUUAUCUUCACAAUGAAAAGGUCCUCGCCGAUUCUGCUAAUAUUGACGAAGGUGAUGGUGCGGAGUGGGGUGAGCUUUUGUCAGGUUUAGCUGACUGGAUCGGCUUGAGCGACCUUUCCUUCUGGAAGAAGUUAUUUCAGGUGCUGGACAGUCCUGCAGGGUUGAAGGUAUUAAGUUGAAUUAUAAAGUCCACCUCCCUGUAUAGCAGUUUCCCGCAGAAAAUGAACACAGUGUAUUAUUACAGAGGGAACAGCCAUUGUUUGCAAAGUGUGAAUUCCCUGGCUGCAGGAUUUUACUUGCACCAACAGGUGAAUGACCUGUUACAUCAAACACAGUCAGGAGGGCAGCAACCGUUUAGUCAAACUCUCUCAAUGGCUGAACACUUAGCUGAAAUAAUCCUAGAAGCGAGAUAUGGCAGUUGUCGUCAGAAACAGAGACGGAGUAGAACAGCCUUUACAACUGAACAGCUGGAGGCAUUGGAGCAAGCUUUUCAGAAAACACACUACCCUGACGUGGAGAUGAGGGAGAGGCUUGCAAUGUAUAUUGACCUUCCAGAGGCAAGAAUUCAGGUAUGGUUCAAAAAUAGACGAGCCAAGUAUCGCAAGCACCAACGCGAUUCAGAGAGGGAUGAGUUUCUGAUAGACGAUAGUCAAUGGAUGAAGAAAGUUGACAGAAGAGAAAGAAACCUCAAAUUGGAAAAAGAAAAAUGUCACAUCCAGCAAAAAGACUUGGAAUUCUGUCACUCCAUUGGUAGCCCAUCAACAUCUGUAAUUAGAACGGCAUCUUUGACUGCAGAUAUGUCCAGCAGAGAAAAACCAGUAAAGCAUAUUGUUACAACAAAUAUGGGUCUCGUUGCAAAGCUUGGACUAUUUGAUGAAAGCAUCAACAUUCAGAUCCCAGAAUAUUCCACUCUGCAACAAUAUAGUGUGUCUCUGCCUGAUCAAAUUCAGCAUCAUGUAGCUUUAGCAAAUUUCUUCCUGCCAGAAUCUCACUAUGGAAUUCAUCUCCCAAACCUGAAUGUUGAUCAGGCAUCUGCACAGAACCCUUCAUACCACCAGAGGAGUUCUCAUACACUGGAAGCUUGUCCCACCUCACUCAUUCACCACUCCCCUAAGUUGUCAGACCCAAAACCCAACAGUAUGGGGAACAGGCGACAUGCCAAACAAAAGGCAAAUUUGUUGGGCCAUAACCUCCAAAAUUAAAGAAGCUUUGUACUAAUCACUGAAUUUGUGGAUGGCUACAUAUUUUAUAUAGUGACAAAAUGAACAAAAAUAA